UACACCAAAAAAAGAGUGCAAAAAACUGAGCUAAAACAUGAAUAAACUGAUGGAAAUAAUUGAGUUUGGAAGAAACUUAUCAAAUGAUCAUGCACAAGUGGUGCCCAUAUCAGUGUUUGUUGCCAUUCUCUGUCUUUGUUUGAUCGUUGGUCACUUGCUUGAAGAGAGCCGCUGGGUUAAUGAGUCCAUUACUGCUGUCUUGAUCGGAUUGAUAUCUGGAAUAGUAAUAUUGAGUCUUAGCAAGUGGAAAAGUUCUCACAUUUUACGAUUCAAUGAAGAACUGUUCUUCAUAUAUCUUCUUCCACCCAUUAUAUUCAAUGCUGGGUUUCAGGUUAAGAAAAAGCAGUUCUUUCACAACUUUCUAACCAUCAUGAUGUUCGGUGUGAUCGGUGUUUUUAUUUCAUCAUCCAUCAUAACUGCUGGCAGUUGGUGGCUGUUUCCUUCAUUAGGAUUUGUUGGUCUGACAGCAAGAGAUUAUCUUGCUUUGGGGACAAUUUUUUCAUCCACAGAUACAGUCUGCACACUGCAGGUUCUACAUCAAGAUGAAACUCCUUUGCUUUACAGCCUAGUUUUUGGGGAAGGAGUUGUCAAUGAUGCAACAUCAAUUGUUCUCUUCAAAGCAGUUCAGAAAAUUGACAUUGGAAAUCUUCACGGCAAGGCCGUUCUUCGUGUCAUUAGAGAUUUCUUUUACCUAUUCACAACAAGUACUACACUUGGAAUUACUGUUGGCCUUUUGACGGCGGUUGUACUUAAAUACUUAUACUCCACAAUGCAUUCAAGUAUCCGUGAAAUCUCUUUGAUGGUUUUAAUGGCAUAUCUGUCUUACAUAUUGGCUGAGCUGUUAGAGCUAAGCGGGAUUCUCACCGUUUUCUUCUGUGGGAUUUUUAUGUCGCACUAUGCAUGGCAUAAUGUAACUGACAGUUCAAGAAUUACAACCAGGCAUAUUUUUGCAAUGAUGUCAUUCGUGGCAGAAACUUUCAUAUUUCUAUAUGUGGGGAUGGAUGCUCUUGACAUCGAGAAGUGGAAGAUGAAAAAGAUGGGUUUGGAGACUUCUUUGGCCAUCUAUGGUAUCUUAAUCCUACUGAUAUUGAUUGGACGUGCGGCAUUUGUGUUUCCACUCUCUGCAUUGUCCAAUUAUAUGAACCGCCGCAGAACACAUUUGAUUACAUUCAAGCACCAGAUAGUCAUCUGGUGGGCUGGCCUCAUGAGAGGUGCUGUUUCUAUUGCUUUGGCUUUUAAGCAGUUCACAUUCUCGGGCUUUACAUCGGAUCCUAGUAGUGCUACAAUGAUUACCAGCACCACAAUUGUCGUCCUCUUCACUACGCUGGUGUUUGGUUUUUUGACAAAGCCACUGAUACAAUGUCUGCUUCCUCACCAUGAAACUAACAACAAUAAUAGUCGUGAAUCAAAGUCAAGGGAAGAAGACUUGACCCUGCCUUUGCUCUCCUUAGAGGAAUCAACUACAAACAACCUUCUUCGUGCAAAGGAUAGUCUGUCCAUGCUUCUAGAUAGUCCUGUGCAUACAAUUCAUUCUUACUGGAGGAGGUUUGAUGAUUCCUAUAUGAGACCGAUAUUUGGGGGACCCCUCAGAGAUUCAUCAGAAUGUUAGGCAGGUAAUCUUUGUCAACUUCAUGCCAAUGCCAUAAUUUCCCUUGUCUAUCAAUUCAAGUUAAUAUCGAGAUGGGGAUAUAUGGCGUACAAGUAAUGUAGGUGCACUUUUUCCAGGUAACACACAAUGGAUUUGUCAUUUUCGACAUAACUUA